GUCGAGCGAGCACGCGUGCGACCUCUCGCUAUCGUUCCUCGUGACAUCUCCGAGACGCGAGUCUUCGAAACUCAAACGUCAGUGUCAGUAUCAUCUACCACAUUUCAGUCAAUGACGUCAUCGCUAUAAUUCGAAAUUUAAACAGUGGAUAGUUUUUCUGUGAGAAUUAAAACCGCUUUUUGUGAUGUAAUAUCAGAUUUGGUUGGUGACGAAGUGUUUGGAUUGGAUGUACUAGUUAUUUAGUGUUGGAGUUUCUGACGCAAAGCGCCAACCGACCGAAACGACUCGUCAUGUGUGACUGAAGCAGUGUAAAUAAAUAAAUAAAACUAGUGUUUAAAUGAUUACUAACAUAGUUUAGUGUAGUGCGCACGAUUACAGAUCUAUUUAGUGGUAGUGAGUGAUGGUGUAGUGACAGUGUCGACAACAUGGCGACAAAGGUUUUGACAGUUGUCAUUUUGGCUGUCAUCGGCGGGUACUGCGCUACUGCUGAAAGAGAUCACGCUUCAGCAAUAGUUGGUUCGACUGCGCGCCUGCGCUGUCGCAUCGAUGGCGCGUCCUGCGGCGAGAUGCACAGCAUCAAAUGGUAUAAGGCGGAUGCCAGAGUCUACGUAUACUCCGGGUCCAGUGACGCGGCCAUCGACCGCCCUGAGGGAGACAUGGCUAGCAGAAUGUCGAUAUCGCACAACCCGAACGCCAGCUACGCGGAGCUGGUUAUAGAGCGAGUGCAACCUGAGGACGAGGGGGUGUUCCGUUGCGAGAUCACCUACCUCCAGGUUGGGGAGGACUGCAACACCGUGCAGGUCACCGACUUCAGGACUUACAUGAAGCCAACAUCAGUCGAGAUGCUGACGGGCGAAGGUCAGAAGCUGCAAGAUGGUGAAACCUUCGGCCCCCUGCUGGAGAGGACUAAGAUCAACAUAACUUGCAUAGUGAGGGGGGGAAAGCCACAGCCUAAAGUAGUAUGGCGGUUCAACGGGAAGGAGCGGCUUGACGCGCAAACUACAACCCCGGACAAGCAGACAGUGCUGCAUACGUUACCUUUGACUGUAACGCGAGCCGAGCUGGCUGGCGAGCUCGUCUGCGAGGUGUCAUCAGCCGCGCUGGACUCGGCCAUCAGGAAGAGAGUCAACCUCAACGUGAAAGUACCACCGAACAAGAUAUCAAUAUCGGGCGUCGGAGAGCACGUAGUACAAGGGUCCCUCACAACCUUGGUGUGCACUGUAUCCGGCGCACGCCCAGCUGCGUCCCUGCAGUGGUAUAAUGGCACGCAAAAACUCACUCCUGAAGAUCAAACUAUCCAUCAACGGGAGAUCGAGUCGGACGACACUACAUUCGAGACGACAUCGAACCUGACAUUCGAGGCGACUCGCUCCGAGAACGGACAGAAGUUCCGCUGUGAAGCCAUCAACGAGGUCAUGGUGGAAACCAACGAACAUCCCAUACAUGCUAACAGAGAACUUGAGGUUUGGUACCCACCGAUUGUCACCGUGAAGUCAACCAACAUCACGGUGGUGGAAGGGUCCAAGAUUCUGCUGAAAUGUGAAUAUGAGAGUAACCCAUCGUCGCUCACCGAAGUUAUUUGGUUGCGAGACAACAAGCUGGUGCACGUCAACGACACCUCCCACUACGAAGGAGGCACCACCGACCAGCACUCUCUCAUCAUCGUGGAUUCUCGAAGCACCGACAUUGGCAACUACACCUGCACAUUGGCCAACGCCGUUGGCAACGGCACCAGCGACGAAAGCAUUGAAGUCAACGUGCUUUUCAAACCUCAAGUAAAACUCACCAUGAGCUCGCCGAGCCCCAUCUUGGAGACGGACCACAAGAACGUGACCCUCACCUGCGAGGUCGUCUCUGGCAACCCUCAGAUCCUGGAUGAGGUCAUCUGGUAUCUGGAUGGAGAGGUCCUGAAGCAUCUACCUGAGUGCAGUAACGGGACGCAGGAAGACAACAGCCUCUGCAAUGAAGUGGAUCCUUCUAUGCUGCUGCUUCAGGAUACCACCAAGAGUUUCCAUGGCAACUACUCGUGCAUGGGCAAGAACACAGCCGGCUGGGGCAACGAAAGCGCAAAGACUGAGCUGGUUGUCAAUUACCCACCGAGUCCAGCAAAACUGACCUACUCUCCGUGGAAGGUGGUGAAGGGGAAAUCUCUAGUCCUGAGUUGCAGCAUACAGGAGAAAGGACGUCCUGAAGCUCACAGAUUCCGCUGGCAUCGCGGUGGACGUUUGGUCAGCGAUAUCGUUUCCCAGAAUUGGACCAUCGACCCGGUCACAUUGGACCACCGGACCAACUUCUCUUGUCGCGGCAUCAACGCAGGCGGGGAGGGGGAACCAGCCACUACUAGCAUUGAUGUGCUUGCCCCACCCAGUUUCAAAUACGCAAUGAAUCACUACAGCGGUGCCUUAUAUAAAUCACAGAACAUAUCACUUUCAUGCACGGUGGAAUGCGCGCCGCUGUGCAGCGUGCAAUGGCUGAAGAAUGGAGCAGUCAUCGACCCAGAAAAGACUGAUCGAUAUUACGUGGUUGAGAGGAAAAUUGAGCCACAAGUCAACAGGAAUGAUUUUGAGGCUACUGAGUCUACUUUGCACUGGAACAUGUCAGCGUGGCCAGGUGGCGUGCUGGACCGCGACACGGACACCGCCAGCUACACAUGUCGCUCCUCCAGGAAUGAUGCUGGCCCUCCUGUCAAUAGCACCACCAAGUUUGCUGUUGAGUAUGAACCAGAGAACAUAACAGUGACGCCAAAGGUCGUGUCCGUCAUUGAAAACGAAAUUCCAGCUCGAGUAGUGUGCUCAGCGAAAGGCUUCCCAGUCCCCAGCUACACGUGGCGUCGGGAGCAUCCAACGAAAUCCUCCGGGAAGAACAACACCCUCAUCCUGUCGUCUUCUAACAGCCUCCUCCUCGGCCCUAUCGCGAGGAAAGACGCUGGCAACUAUCUGUGCGAGGCCUACAAUAGGCACGGGAGUGUUAAUACCACUGUGUUGUUGGAUGUUAUGUUUAUACCCGAAUGCGGAAUCAAGCAGAUAGAAAUGGAUGGAGAACAGGUGCUAGUUUGUACUGCACACGCCAAUCCUUUGGAGGUUUCCUUCUCCUGGAAGUUGAAGAACGACAACGACAGUCUGACAGACGAGAAGAUAUGGCAGAGUGGGCACCAGAGCUUCCUCAAACUGAGUCCUAGCGUGGGCGUCUACAGAACUUAUCUGUGCCAAGCCAAUAAUACCGUGGGCAUGUCGCGACCUUGUGAGAGAGAUGUUGUUGGUGCAGUCCCGUGGUGGCGUGACCAGAAAAAGUUGAUCCUCAUUGGUGGGAUCGCUCUGACCAUUUUGGUCAUCACCGUCAUUUUAUGCAUCAUCAUCAUUUGCGUCUGCCGUCGAAUGAGGGCCAAGUCCAAAUAUAACAAUCCAGUCGAAUUGGAGGAGAGAGAAAAUCCGGAUGGUAGCUGUUUAAACGAAGUGUCUAUAGCCCAGUCUAUUAUAUCGCAAGCUUUGCCUGCUUUAUCGCCCCGGAUCAAUCUAUCAUUUAGCCCAAAAUCAUCUGACAGGACGAGACUAGUCGAUUCACAAAACUACCCUUUAGAGAUGAACAAGUUUAAGGAAAACUCGACCUUGCAAGCUAACCUGUCGCAACUAGAAGCAACUUUAAACUCUAGUAGAGUAGCUAAAAUAGAAGAAAGUAAUGAAACUGAGACACCUAAAGAAAGCCUACCUGAGAAUACAACGCCUGUUGUGUCUCCAAAUAAGUGGCCUUUAAAACCUGGAGUCCUAGUACAUGUGAACUCAAACCACACACUCAGUCCAAAAAAUCAAGCAAGACUCCAAGCUGCGAGUCAGAAAGCUGAAGAAAGAGAAGACGAAGCUAACCUCGGUUUGCUAGAAAGAAACAGAAAGACUGAUGACGCUGAACCUAAGACUGAAUAUCCUAAAAGGACUAAGACAAAACAUGCUCAAAAUGUAAUGGGUAUUUUCAAGAAUUUAAGAAGAAAAAGUGAUAAUGACUCAGAUGACAGUAAUGGUAAAUAUAAGAAGAUCAACAAAUCAAACAAAAGAGCUUUAUCUUUGAUCAAUUUAAAUAAGUCGGGUUAUGCCUUGCCUAAGAAUAGACUGAAGUCUUUAUUUCAGAGUGAGACACCGAAUGUUAUAGUAACUGAAGGAGUUGUGUCGUUUAAAAGGCCUGAUAGGAUAGCGACCAGUGCUAAAGUUAAGCCUUUCACUGAACCCCCAAGAACGACCAGAAAGCGGAAGAAACCAGGCGACAGCCCACCUACGAAUGGCGUAGAUAAUGCGGCGAACGGCAACCUCGCAGACAACCCUGGCCUGUACGAGAACCUGCCGUUCCAUGGCCUCCAACAACCUCCUAAUAAGCCUGUUCAAGCAAUACAACCGAGAAUCGUGGAAACUAACCAAAGCCAAAAGGUUACUAAAGGCAUCGAGGCCUUGCAGAAACAACUGACUACAAAUCCAUCUUUUACACCAAGAAUAGUUUGCCCACCGUUCGUACAAAACGCUAUACCCUACCCAGUGAAUGCUCCGUCAAAUUCCAUACAAACAACUUAUGGCAUCCCAGUAUUAUCGCCAAUACAACAGAUGUACCCUUUACAUCAAACGGUUUUACUUAACCCGUAUCUACCACCGAUGCAAACUUCUUUCCUGAAGCAAUUCCCAACCAUCGAUGAAGAAAUGGAACCAGACACAAAGAAAUUCUCAUCUUUGAAUACGAGGAAUGUAAGAAAACUGCCACAGUUUCAAUCUAUGAGGGUAGUUAGGAAGAGAAAUAUAGAAAGGUUUUAUCCUAACACAGAAUAUGGCGAGAAUUUCAAUGAAAUAAACAAUAACAAAGACCAAGAAGAUGGAAGUGAGAAAGACGCAGCUACUGAAGAUAUAAUUUACGCCAAUUUUCCAUCAUUACUAAAAGUAAAGUCUAACAUAAGUGGCGUGGAACAGUUUGAGAACUUAACAGACUCAAUACAAGUGUGCGAAGAAAGUGAUGACCAGAUAAAUGUAUCUACUACGUCUCUUAACAGACCAAUACCAGCACCAAGAACGAAGAUAUCCCCUUUAGUAUCACCAGCUAAAACCGAUCAUGUCUAUGUUAACCUUUCUAUGCCUUUGAUAAACACAAAGUUUUCUAAAUCGUUAGAUAUUGUCGACGCUCCGGUAAGACCUUCGAAAUCCGCUGAAAAUAUAUCAAAGACUGAACCACUUCGAAGAUUUGAAGGAAAAGAUAAUCUUACUUUGAGAACUAGUAAAAGUGGUCUACCAGAAGUUGAUAAAGCUGGUGACAGUGAUGAUGAAGAUAAUGAGAAAAAAGACUUUUCUAAACCAAAUAUAAUAGGAGCAACUCCUAAAAGAAACUUGUCAAUGAUACUACCCUCCAGUUCCUUAGUGAAAUCAGUUGUCAAACAACUUGAUGAGCAAUCUGAGUUUAACAAAGUGGGUUUACCAAAAAAGCAAAUUAUAACACCAAAUAAAACGUUGCAAAUACCAAAGUUGACUGAGAAACCAAUACCAAAGAGGACGUUAGUAAGACGGAGUAACUCGGUCCAAAGUAGUUUGACAGUUGACAGUGAUAAUUCUCAGCCUUUCAAGCCAGACGACCAAUUUAUAUACGCCGACGCUGACAUGAAGGACUACGGGCCCAUCAACUAUAAAGCUGCCUCCAUCUACGCCCAGAUGAAGAAAAUAAAAGAACACCAGAAAAUGCAAGAGAUUUACGACAAGCAACAUCCGGAUGACGACUUACUUUGAAAAAGGUUCUUGUAAAAUUCAGAAUGAUAAAGUCCCCUUUUUUAUAUAAAUCAAAAUGAAAAAUACAAUUAUUAUUAUUUAUAAGAUCAAAAAUGUUAAAUUACUUUCUGCCAUUAUAGCGCAUUGCGUUUAGUUUCUUUUUUUUUCAGAGCUUGUGAAACUAACGUUUUUUCGCGUACAACGUAUUUUUUUUUGUAUACUUUUGGCGAAUUAUUAAAAAUCUCAAUUCAUGUUUACCAAAGAUUUGUAGUCAACGUUUAUUUUAUUAACUAAACUAAUUUUACACACAUGUAUUUUUCUACUUUCAUAAAGUUAAGAAUAACAUGUUUCUGAAAUAAAAUAUUCCAAAAAUCGGAUGUUGCUCUUACAAAAUAUAGAAAAGGUAAACAUAAAUAAAAAUCGAUUUGAUUCUUCCAAUAUGAAGAAUUGAGAAGAUUUUUAUGGUAAAAAAUUUUCAAGUAAAUCUAAACAUGAUGAGAAUAUAAUUAUUCUUAAUGAGACUGUAUACAAAAUGAAUAACUUUUUUACGCCGGCGAUACAUCUAAACCCCACGAUUAUAGCCACAGCCUGUACAGAGUAGAACGUGUUGUCUGUUGUAAAUAAAAGUUAGAUUUCUUUUAUAAUAUUACUAUAUAAAUAACUACUAAGUUUCGAAACAUUUUCAAGAGAAUGAACAAGAAAAAUCUUAACACUAAUCUGUUCACUUAAGAUUUUUAAAAUUAAUAAUUGAUAACCCUAACGCGUUGACCCAGGAUGAAGGUUAUCACGUGAUACUCGACCAAUCGGAGCGCUCGAACUAAAUCUAACUUUACUGUGAUUGGUCCGUGAUCACGUAAUGUCACCCCGCCUACAAUUUGGUCACGGGUAUAGGGUUGACUAUGUCGUUUCUUGAAAAUUAUCUUAAAAGUACGGUCGCAAUCCCUUUUCCGUGAACAGGGUAUUAUAAAGCGAAAAAAAUACUCUAUUUUAUGGCUAAAAUCUUUUCAUUGUUUGUUAAUUUUGGCCACAAUAUAGAUCAAUAAAACACACAGCUUUUAGUAGAUUGGGCAACAUAUAGAGUUCGUAUUAUCCGUCCAAGCGGGAAUGUCUACAAAAAUAGUUGAAAUUUAGCUGAAAACUCAUGUCUAUGUAAAAUAUUAGUGUAAAUUAUAAAUAAAAUGUAUAAAUUAGACAGUUGGAAGAUCAAAGACUAUCCAAAAAUAGAUACAGAUAAGUUAGCGAAUUAUGUAAAAUUAGAAGAAAAUGACAAAACUCUUCUAAGGCAUAAUAAGUAAUUUCACAUACAUUUUGCUUAUGGAUUGGUAUUUUUAAGAACCAAAACAAAAAACAAAACAAAAUUAAAAAAUAUUGUUUUAAAAUUUCAACUUUUUUAAUUUUAUAAACUAAAUAAUAAAAUAUUACCUAUAUGAAUUAGCCUUUUUCAAAUAAGACUUUUCACUUUGUUGGUUGUAUUUGUAUAACACCUGUAAAAACUCAAAAGUGUUUUUCUGUUUUGGUUCUUAAAAAAACAGGAAUUUAAUUGCGGCCCGUAGUUAUAAUCGGCAUUUAUUUUUUACUUUAAAAUUAUUAUUUUUUUUACACUACAUUAAGUUUACAGGUGCAACGAACUCGAAUUUUUAUAUUGUUAAGUACUUAUUUUAAUAUUUUAGAGCCUGCCAGAAAAGGCAUUUUAACCACGCUUUCCAAAUAACCUCUUCGAUGUUAUAAUUGUGGUAAAAGUCUUAAACAAUUACUAUUGUAAGCUGGACUAGUACUAGAUAAUAGACUGUUGAAAAAAAAUGCAAAUAAAAAAUACAUUUUCACAAUUUAAUAUGCAUGAGCAACGGUUAGAGUUCAUGCGAUUUAUUAUUAGUAUUUUUCCUCUUUCUUCUACGCUUCUGAUAUCAAGAGAAUUUUACAUCAAAUUAAAGAAAAAAACAGAAUGAGUCACAUAUUUUUUUAUCUAACUUAGAAUUAUUUAGACAGAAAAUUGAUAACGGUCGUAAAACUAUCUAGUACUUCUUCCAGUUAAAGGUAACAUUCGGAACUUCAUGGUCUGUUAACUAAAGCAGUCAGUUAAAUUUAGUUUUACUGUCGUUCUAAUGUAAAUAACAAGAAAAUCAUUUUAAAAUACAGGCGGAUUGUGAAAAUACAUUUUUAUUUAGUCAAUAUCUAAUCAGAAUUCUAAUAAAAAAUACUGUAUUCAAAAAAAGAGUAAAACUUGCGUUUUAGGUAUAUUUUUGAAACGCCGCAUGUGUUUUAGAAUAAUUUUCUUAAUUUUAAUGCAAAAGAUUUGUGCUCAAAUCUACAAAUAGAUAAAUAAUGGAAGACGUAUUUUUUUUAGUACGAUCAAUAAAACGAUUUCUGUUAAAAAUAAUUUUUUUUUUAAUAAAAUAUUUGUGAAACUUUUUUAUUUACUUUUUGGCGUUAAUAUUUGCAGUAUUUCUGAUUUUUAAUUAAAUUGUAAAAAGUUUUUAACUUGUUUUUGAUGAUAGAAAACAGUGAUCGAAUAUCUGCGUUGACUAUACGAGAUGUUAGACGAAUACGUUAAAAGUAUUUAGAAAAGUUUUGUACAUAAAACAACUUGUUAUAAUAUUGUCACAUAGUGUUAAUAAAAUAAUUUAUGGAUUUUUAA